AUGGUUAUUGCUGUUCUUUCACCGGGAACGAUUCUUGAAAAAGUUAAGUUUCCCGUCCAUCGUUACUGGAUUAGUAGCAGACCUGUGUGUGCCUCUCAUUGGGAUCAAUAUAAUCGUAAUUGCGUUCAAGCUGAUAUUGGGAUAAAUUUGAACGACUCUACUUACAUCUGUCACGUUUCGCAUACUCUGUUGUUGUGUUCAUUUAUAUUAUACAACCCCACACAAGCCAUGGUUAAACUAGAUAGAAAUGCUGUUCUGGAAUACGCCACUUUUAAAGUUCCUUACGAAGAGCUCAAUAUGGAGUUUCGGCGUGGACAUAAGAAUAUGGAGCGGGCAGGUGUAGGGCUGAAGCGGUCGUUAUCAUCGUUGCGAAAUAUUUUGUCUGAAAAGGAUGGAUGUAUUUCAGUAACAGCGGCCCGUGAAUAUUUUCGUGAUUUCAAAUCGAAGCUUGAGCUACUCGACUCUGCUAAGAAGGAUGCUGUUAAAAAACAGAGACAGUUCAUCAAAAACAUGCAGUUUAGGAUUCAAUUCUUGAGAAACGAGGUAAGUGCAGUCUCUGUUCUCAGGUCAGCUUAG